CAGAGUGUGCGCCGAGCGGGUGCUCGAGGACCCUGGGCCCGCCCCCUCGGCUCCUGCCUAGCCCCGCUCUGCCUGCUGCUCCCUCGUGGAGAGCGGGCUACUGGGGCGGAGACGGCGCCGCUGCGACCAUGAGGCUACCCAACAUCUUGCUCACGGGUACACCAGGGGUUGGAAAGACCACACUAGGUAAAGAACUUGCAUCAAGAACAGGAUUGACGUACAUUAAUGUGGGCGAUUUAGCACAAGAAGGACAAUUAUAUGAUGGCUUUGAUGAGGAAUAUGAAUGUCCCAUUUUGGAUGAAGACAGAGUAGUUGAUGAGUUAGAAAAUAAAAUGCAAGAAGGUGGAGUUAUUGUUGAUUACCAUGGCUGUGACUUCUUCCCUGAACGAUGGUUUCAUAUAGUUUUUGUACUUCAGACAGAUAAUUCUGUAUUAUAUACAAGACUUGAAAAGAGGGGAUACAGUGUAAAGAAACUACAGGACAAUAUUCAGUGUGAAAUUUUCCAAAUUCUUUAUGAAGAAGCCAUGGCCUCCUACAAGCAUGAAAUAGUACACCGGCUACCCAGCAAUGUGCCAGAAGAACUAGAGAGUAAUUUAGAUCAGAUAAUGAAAUGGAUCGAGCAGUGGAUAAGAGAUAAUAAUUGAACCUUGAGGGCAGAGCAUGGACUUUCAAGGAUUUCCACAUGAUGGUUAAAGAUUUUCUUGAUGAUCUCUCUCUCCUCAUGCGAUAGAAAUUAAGACAAUAUACACCGAAUUUUACUAAGAGUGUGUUGUAGAAGUAGCUGGUGGACGAUAUAUAAGGUUGAGUUAUGGCUAAAUUAAUUUUUUUCUCCAUGAGAAAACUGAAAACCCCCCAAAUACAAUGAAUAAGAUAUUAAGGACUUUUUAAAGUUUAGGAAAUAUUCAGCAUUCUCAGUUAAUUUGGUUAACUGCUAUAGAAUAAAUAAAUUUGAGAAAAUAGGUAGAAAUCUAUAAUACGUUACACACAAAAGAAAAUGAAGGCUAGGAGGAACUGCUGACUUACAAAUAAAACAGUCUAAGGAUAAAGCUAUAAAAAUUAUAUUAAGUGUUCUGUUGGUGGUGAAUUGCUGGGUUUUUUUUUUUUAAUUUAAAAAAAAAAUCUUGGAAAUUGGUUAUAAAUUAGGAUAGUCAAAAAGCAAAUGGUGAGAUCUUUGAGAAAAUAGCAUUUUUUAAGCAUAAGAGUUCAUUGAGCUUUUUUGCCUAUAAAAUCGCUGCUGAUCCUAGCACUGAUACUUAUCUCUGCAAAAGAGCAAGCCAAUCAUAUUUUCCUUAUGUAGAAGGGAAAUAAAGUCUUCUGUGCACCAUGGAAA